UGAAAUUAAACUGAAAGCCCUAAAACUAAAAAGUUAUUUCAUCAGAGGAUUCAUCCCCAAAUUAUAAACUGUAUUUGUUUUGUCAUUUUUGUGAGCUGUUAUUACAACGGGAAAUCGGGAAUAGAGAAGAUCAGAAACAUCCGAUGGGUGACGUCAGUGAAGCCACCUCCUCCGCAGCCGCAGCCGCUGCUUCCGCCCUCAACGAUGAUCUUCUCAAGAAAUUCUUCUCCGAGGUCAGCGAGGUCGAGCGCGAUAACGAAGUUAGCAGGAUCCUUUCAUGUUUCAAGUUAAAUGCUUUUGAGUAUCUUAACCUUCCAUUUACAUCCUCUGUAGAAGAUGUGAAAAGGCAAUAUCGCAAGUUAUCAUUGCUUGUUCAUCCUGACAAAUGCAAACAUCCACAAGCUAAGGAGGCAUUUGGAGCUUUAGCUAAAGCUCAGCAACUAUUACUUGACCAACAAGAGAGGGAUUAUAUUCUGAACCAGGUUAAUGCUGCAAGAGAGGAACUUAGAGCAAAAAGGAAGAAGCAGCUGAAAAAGACACUGCAACCAAAUUAAAAUCAUUAGUGGAUGAGGUAAAACCAUUUUCUCAACUCAAGUAACUUUCCUGAUUAUCUAAGUAUGCUAUUGAGCUAUUGAAUUUGUUAGUUAUACUUGUAUUCACAAAAGUAAAUACUCUCCGUUCUCUUUCAAUGAGUAUUUUCACCUUUGCCCCUCACAUGUCGCUAUUAUUUCCAGUUGUAAUGAAGACAGUUCUUUGGCUAAUUAUAUAAUUGAACUCAUGCGCUAUAUAGAAGUUCAACAUAUUACCAACAUAUUUUGUGCUUGCACUUUUAUGCAACAACAGGGGAAAUAUGAGCAGGAAUAUGAACGAUCAGAGGAAUUCCAGCAGCAGUUGAAAUUGAAAGUUCGAGAACUCUUAACAGAUCAAGAGUGGAGGAGGAGAAAGAUGCAGAUGAGGAUAUCAGAGGAAGAAGGUAGAUUAAAGAAAGAUGAAGCAGAACAAAGGAAAUGUG